UUCCUUCUGCGAUGUUCGAGACUCCAUUUCUUUUCCAAGUCUCUCGCGUUGUUUCUUCUCUUUUUCUCUCCUCCUCCUCCUCUCUGGCUGCGAGGAACCCAUUUGAAGAAUGCAUUCAUUUGGGUAUCGAGCCAACGCUUUGGUGACCUUUGCGGCUACCAUACUUGCUAUCAUUUGUGGUCUGGCUUCGUUUUCUGAUACCCUUAAAUCGCCUUCACCCACGGCACAAGUUCAGGUUUUGAGUAUCAAUUGGUUUCAGAAUCAACCUAAUGGAAACGAUGAGGUUAGCAUGACUUUAAACAUAUCAGCAGACUUGCAGUCAUUAUUUACAUGGAAUACAAAGCAGGUUUUUGUGUUUCUAGCUGCUGAAUAUGAAACCCCAAAGAACUCCUUGAAUCAGAUAUCACUCUGGGACAGUAUCAUACCCUCCAAAGAUAGCGCCAAGUUUCGAAUCCAUACUUCAAACAAGUAUCGGUUCGUCGAUCAGGGGAGCAAUCUAAGAGGUAAAGAGUUUAACUUAACACUGCACUGGCAUGUCAUGCCAAAGACAGGGAAGAUGUUUGCAAACAAAUUGGUCAUGUCUGGAUACCGCUUGCCACAAGAAUAUAGAUGAGCAAACUUCUCCAUUGAUAUGUAAUUUCUGAACUAAGUUUAACACAGGCUUUAGCAUCAGCUUACUCAACAACAUUAAAGAACACUGAACAUUUUACUCAACAACAUUAAAGAACACUGAACAUUUUCCAAGCCAUGAGUUCAUCAGAAAAAGAGUUAAAUUUAGCGUAAUCAAAUGUCCAUUGACCUUUGUUCAUUAA